AUGGCUGAAAAUCAAGAAUCUCCAUUACACACCGUUGGUUUCGACGCUAGAUUCCCAAACCAAAACCAAACAAAGCACUGCUGGCAAUCGUACGUGGAUUACCACAAGUGUAUCAAUGCUAAGGGUGAAGACUUCGCUCCAUGCAAGGUUUUCUGGAAGACCUACUCCUCUCUAUGUCCAGUUGACUGGGUUGAAAAGUGGGAUGAACAAAGAUCCCAGGGUAUCUUUGCUGGUGACAUUAACCCAUAA